AGUGCAGGAGUUGUUCAGGAGAAAAUAUAUAUUUCAUGCAGUGAAUCUCCUUUGCUCUGAUCGCAAACAGUGACAAAUGGAAGGAAAUAUUGAAGCACCGAAGGCAGAGGCAAUCAAAACACAGACACUGACAUACAGACAUUGGAAGAUUCUUGCAAUAGUUUUAUUUUCAGUGUCUUUUUUGUUAUUGGGGCUAGCUGUUGCUGUUACAAUGUAUCUUUACUUCCCUGUCCAGUGCACUGAUAAUGAAGCUUGUAGAAACAGUCGUGAUUUUGCAGGCUGUGGUUGCGGAAGACAAAAAGUAGUAACUCACCGAAUAGUAGGAGGAUUGAGUACAACAGACGGCGAGUGGCCUUUUCAAGUGAGUCUGCAACAUCACGGGCAACACUUCUGUGGAGCAACACUAGUAUCCUGCAGGUGGAUUGUCUCGGCUGCACACUGUUUUGAGAACAGGAAUGAGGAUUCUUUGACUGCAGUCUUUGGUGUGCAUUAUUUGAAUAAGGAAAUGAAUCCAAAUGUUCAGAUUCGAACUAUCCGGAAAAUAAUCAUUCAUCCCGAUGCAAACUUUUCUACAACUGAUUAUGAUGUUGCUCUACUGGAGUUGACUACACCCAUUCAUUAUACAGACUUUGUCCAACCAGCUUGCCUGCCUCCAGCGACACCAUUGUUUACUGAUGGUCAAUACUGCAUAAUUAUUGGGUGGGGAAAAAUAUCUGAAAAUGGAGCCUCCAGUAAUGAACUUUUGAAGACGGAAGUUAAGCUUUUCAACAAUAGUGAUUGUGAAGCCUUAACAUCCCAAACGAUAACUAGGCAGAUGAUGUGUGCAGGGGUCCUAGAAGGUGGCAAAGAUACGUGCCAGGGAGAUUCUGGAGGACCUUUGCUGUGCCAAGAUGUGGAUUCUCGGCUUGGAUAUUGGCAGGAAUUGUUUCCGGUGGAAUAGGUUGUGCAAGACCUAAUCUUCCAGGAAUAUAUGCAAAGACCACUGCCUUCAGUAAUUGGAUUACUGAAAUCAUAAAUGGAUGAAAAUUGUGACCCUGUAUUCUCAUGAAACGUGAUGUUCUCAAUAGGCUUAAAUUACCUGUGAGAUGGGCGAUUGAAUUGAUUGUGGUUAGACUGAAUGAUUGUAACAAAAUACCAGGGGGCAAAAUUACUCCCAAAGACUAUUUUAA